CCAAAGGCAUUCAUCACUAUUCCACUCUCAAUCCAAAAACCAAAUGGAGAGGUUGAUAUGGCUCUUCCAUUUUCUCUUGCCUUUCUUCCAGUAUCAAUCUGCUUCUUCAUCCCCUCUCUCUUCAUCUCCUUCGUUGAAUCAUUCGUGUUCUCCCAAUGAGAAAUCUUCACUGCUACAAUUUAAGCAAAUGUUUGCCAUAGACAGUUCUGCUUCUUCCUGGCAGUGUGAGGAACUUGGUUCUCCUUCAUACCCGAAGACACUUUCUUGGAACGAGACUACUGAUACCGAUUGUUGCUCAUGGGAUGAGGUCAUGUGCGAUGUGUCCACUGGUCACGUGACCGGGCUCGACCUCAGUUGUAGCAAACUCUAUGGCACCAUCCAUCCGAAUACCACUCUUUUCCAACUCUCACACCUCCAGCAACUCAAUCUCGCCUUCAAUCACUUCAACUUCUCCCCCUUUCCACCCUCUUUUAGCCGCUUCACGAGCUUAUCCCAUCUCAACCUAUCCUCUUCCUUUCUCUCAGGCUCAAUCCCAUCGGAAGUCACCCACCUAUCCAAACUCGUUUCACUCGAUCUCACUUCUUCCUAUGCUGGAUGUGACAUACUUGAACCGCACAAUUUCAAAACCCUGCUCAUCAACCUGACCCAACUAGCAAACUUGAAGCUUGCCCUAGUAAACAUGUCUUCGGGUCUACCCGAUUCCUUGCUGAAUUUAUCUUCUUUCGCAACUCUCGACCUUAGUGACACAAGACUCAAUGGAAAACUACCCAAUUCAAUUGGCUAUCUUGGGUUUUUAAAUUUCCAGGAUCUCUCUUACAAUGAACUCUCUGGGCCUCUUCCCGAGACGCUUGGAAACCUCAUGAGGAUUACUCAACUACGUUUAUCGGGAAACAAUUUGAACGGUCAGGUCCCAUCUACUCUUUCAAAUCUUGAGCAACUCACCUAUUUUGAAGUUAGUGCUAACAAUCUCGACGGUACAAUUCCCGAGUUCUUUUCUAAGCUUAAGUUGGAGUAUUUAAGACUUGAUGCUAAUAAUUUCAACGGUCCAUUUCUACGUUGGGUGGCCAACCUAACACGACUUGUUCAUUUAGACGUUUCGUCUAAUCCACUUACAGGGCCUAUUCCUAAUUACAACAUAAGUGGAUUUCGACACCUACAAAUUUUCAUCUUAUCCAAUAGCUCCCUCAAUGGAACACUACCGUCGUGGUUGUUUGCUAUUCCCUCAUUGCAAUACUUAGACCUUGGAUAUAACCAGAUGACUACUGGACCAGUUGCUGAUUUCCGAGAUGAUUCACAGUUGGAGUCCAUUGAAUUGAGCAACAAUAAACUGCAUGGUCCCAUUCCGCAGUCAAUCUCAGAUCUUGUGAACUUGCGUUACCUCUCCCUUUCAUCGAAUAAUCUGAGUGGUAUCCUGGAGCUACAAAAAUUCUCAAACCUUGAAGUGCUUUUUCUUUCGAAAAAUAAUAUCUCAGCUGUGAGCAUUGGUAGUAAUGCCAACGCUACCUUGCCCAAUCUUUAUUCGGUGUAUUUGUCCUCUUGCAAUAUAACCGAGUUCCCAGAUUUCUUACAAACCUCAGCAGAUCGAGAAUCUUGAAACACUAGAUCUAUCCAACAACAAAAAUCUGUGGAGAGAUUCCGAAGUGGAGAGGGGGGGC